AUGUCGCUGGAACCGGAGGGGAACAACCGGCUCCUGCAAGACGUGCUGGCGAGACCGGGCAACGAAACGUGCGCCGACUGCGGCAAUCCAGAGCCGGACUGGGCGUCGCUGACUUUGGGUGUGUUUGUUUGCCAGGCCUGCUCGCUCCUUCACCGGAGCAUCCCUCACAUCAGCAGGGUCAAGUCUGUCCAGGACACGUGGGAUGCCAGCGAGGUGGAGUUGACGGCCACCAAAGGAAACAAUGCAGCCAAGGCCAAAUACGAGCAGAAGGUUCCUGCUUUCUACUACAGACCAACACACACUGACUGCAAGAUGCUGAGAGAGCAGUGGAUCAGAGCCAAGUACGAGAGGAACGAGUUUGAGUUCAUGGAAAAGCAGGAGCCUUACUCUGCAGGGUACAGAGAGGGGUUCCUAUGGAAACGAGGAAGAGACAACGGUCAGUUUCUCAGCCGAAAGUUCAUCCUGUCGGAGAGGGAGGGCGCGCUGAAAUACUUCAACAAGCAGGACGCCAGGGAUCCCAAAGCGGUGAUGAAGAUCGAGACCCUCAACGCCACCUUCCAACCGGCCAAGAUCGGCAACCCGUGCGGCCUGCAGAUCACCUACCUGAAAGACAACAGCACAAGGAACAUCUUCGUCUACCACAGCGAUGCUAAGGAGACGGUCGACUGGUUCAACGCCAUCCGAGCGGCCAGGUUCCACUACCUACAGGUGGCCUUCCCAGGAGCAAGUGACGAGGAGCUCGUGCCAAAACUGACCAGAAACUUCAUGAAGGAAGGAUUUAUGGAGAAAACGGGUCCAAAGCACACGGAGGGCUUCAAGAAGAGGUGGUUCACAAUGGACGACAGGCGGCUCAUGUACUUCAAAGACCCUCUGGACGCCUACGCCCGGGGCGAGGUCUUCAUCGGCAGCAAGGAGAACAGCUACACCGUCCUGUCCGGCUUGCCCUCCUCCACACAGGGCCACCACUGGAACCACGGCAUCACCAUCGUCACGCCGGACAGGAAGUUCCUGUUCGCCUGCGAGACCGAAGCCGAGCAGCGGGACUGGAUCUCUGCCUUCCAGAGGGUCAUCAACCGACCCAUGAGGCCGCAGGAAUAUGCAGUGGAGGCCCACUUCAAACACAAGCCCUGA